CUAGAUCUGGGAUUUCCGAAACUAGGCUUACUGUAAACUUAGAGUCAGCAAAUAUCCCUCUGAUAAACCUCUGCUGCCUAGUGUUCAAAACAAAGUCCACAAUUUGUGUGGGUGACAACCGGCAUCUUUAAAUCAGCCAGCUUUAAAUCGUGAAGUAGCCUAGCAUACAGCAUACACAUUUCCUGAAGCCCAGUCGCCAUGCUAGGGUCGGUGGUGUUGUUGUGGCUCUUUAUCCUCCUUCUAUUCUUCUUCUUCAGGGUCCGCCGACCUAAAAACUUCCCACCAGGACCCCGUCCCCUGCCCAUCCUCGGCAAUCUGCUACAGCUGGAUCCUGUCAACCCCCUCAAAGACCUGGAAAGGGUAAAGUGGGCUAUACGUUGUAGGCUAGGGUUACAUACUGACUAGACCGGGCGCCGUCGCACGCAUGUUGAUUUUGUACACCCACACCAGACACGAUCAGGACACACAGGUUGAAAUAUCAAAACCAACUCUGAACCAACUAUAUUAAUUUGGGGACAGGUUGAAAAGUAUUAAACAUUUAUGGCAAUUUAGCUAGCUAGCUUGCUGUUGAUAGCUAAUUUGUCCUGGGAUAUAAACAUUGGGUUGUUAUUUUACCUGAAAUGCACAUGGUCCUCUACUCUGACAAUAAAGCCACUGAUAAAGGGUAAACAGAGUUUGUUUCUAGUAAUCUCUCCUCCUUCAGGCUUCUUCCUCUUCUUUGGAUUUUAUAUGGCGGUUGGCAACCAACUUUAAUGUGUUUACGCUUUUCGACCUGGUGUAGGUAGACAAAAUCAACAUGCGCACGCAGACGCACCUGCGCCCUGGUCUAGACAGCAUGCAAGACCUACUCUCGCUCGACCUACUCUCGAGACCUGCUACGAUAACCCUGCUGGAAACCACCUUUUUUUGGUGACGCUAAUAUUUUGGAUAAAGCUUUCUACAAGCAACCCGUAAUAUAAGUCAACGGAUUCCUAUUAUUCUGUAUAGUAAAUCCGAGACACUCCAUUUAGUAUGUAUGAUAUGUUACGUUUCGUAUGGUAUGUAUUAUGGAUGUCCAUCACCCAUUUCUUAUGAUAUGUUACGAAUUACAAUUUGUAUUAUAUGUCACGAAUUUGCAAAAUGUACAAUAUGUAUUGAAUUUGCCACGCCCUCCCUGCGCGCACACACCACGUCUAUUUCUAUGGGCACAAGCACUGGUCAUGACACAAACUGUUCACACCCUCUUGUUGGUGGAGAGAAUUUUGCAGGUUUAAAGCUAUUUUUCUUGCAAUUCUAUAAAUUUUGCCAUGGCUAAUGUGUAUUCAUGUGAUAUUUGAGUGACAAAAAAAUGACAACAACAUCUAUGGGUUAAAAACCUAAAUAAAAAAUGGUAGCUGACAUGGGCUAGUUGAUCUGAUUUCUGACAAGUUAUAAAUAGCUCUCUAAGGUAUGCAAUGACUAACAUGACAAGAGGAACUGAUGAUGCACUACCCAAUUUCGAAAUUGCACUACUAUUACAACCUUCAAGAGUAAGUUUAAAGCCGGAGAGUUCUUUUAAAAAAUAAUUGGGGAACCACUGCCUUAAGUAACCAUCUGUCUCAUGUAACCAUACCAAAGGUAACAUAUCAUACUAAUUUGAGUGUCUCGGAUCUACAUUUACUAUGUUACGUCUAGUCUAUGAGACCAGGCUGACUGUAUGGGUAUUAAGUGUGAUGUAGGCUAAAGUUCUAGGACAAUGAGCAGCAAUAGUGGAAUCAGUGGUUCGCCUUCAAAAUAAAGGUCUCGCAUUGAAACUGAUGCAAACGGAUACAAAGAGUGGAAUCAUGCUACAAUUGGACUAGAAAAUUCUCAAAAAGGUUGUAAUGUCAUAACACAAUUUCAACAAAACACAAUGUUUUAUUAAUUUGACAAUAAACAGAAAUAAUGAUAUAAUUUAGUGUAAAGUUUUGAAAGAAUGAGUGAAAAUUGUGGAUAAGAACCACGCUUUCCAUUAUUUCUAAACCGAAAUGUUUUAUGGGAUUUAUAAACAAGGAAAAAAUAUUUAAUAAAAAAAAAGGGAAACACUUUAUUAUCCUGGGUAGAAAUGGUGUAAUUACACACUAACAACACUGUGUAGAUAUGUUGUGAAUACGGUUGAGCUUUUUUGUUAUUACACAUAAGAAUGGAAACCAGGGACACUGAGACUCAAUGUUUAAUAUCAGAGUGCUAUGCAACUUGUAAAGGGACAAAAUAAUAGUAGUCAGCCAAGAGUUACUCCUGUAACCACUCUAAAACUCAAGACUGAAAGCUUAUCCAUCAACCCUUGCGUUUUCUCCCAAGUGCCUGAAUAACAUUUCAAAAUAAAAGUCCCACAUUAUAUUCUCACAAUAAAUAUUUACUGUCUCUCUCCUUCUGUGCUUCAGCUGAAGAGGCGCUAUGGUAAUGUGUUCAGUAUAUACAUCGGCUCACGGCCUGCAGUGGUUCUGAAUGGCCUAGAGGUGGUUCAUGAGGCACUGGUGACACACGCAGCGGAAUAUGCUGGACGACCAACCCAUCUUCUGAUCAGCCACCUCUUCGAAGGCAAAGGUAGUAGGUUCUUGACCCCUUUUAUAAUAUGUGGUAUAAUAAUGGGUACUGUGUGUGUGCCAGUCGGCGGUAUCUGAGCCCUGGUCUCCCACGGGAGAAACCAACAUCUUAAGAAUUAGCCCAAUAGGAAAUCCCCCCUUGGGCUGAGGGUGACACAAUAGCAGGCAUGAGACCGUGAGCCCAACCCAUGUCCGCUCCGUGUGUGUUUGUAUGUGUGUGUGCCGAUCAGGGAUCGUCAUGGCCAAUUAUGGCUCCAGCUGGAGGGACCACCGGCGCUUUGCUCUGACCACGCUGAGGAACUUUGGCCUUGGCAAACACUCCAUGGAAGAGCGCAUCCUAGAGGAGGUGUCCCACAUUUGCACUGAGCUGGAGAGCAGUGCUGGUACAGUCCCACACACACAACGUCCUAGUAAUCAUAGUCAUCAACGUACAUAUUCAUGUCAUUAUCGGCACUUAGUAUUCACCCCAAAGAUCCUCCAAUACUGUAUCAAAUAAUUACACUAUUAACUAUUAGUUGUAAUAAACUUCCAAAACCACACAUACUUGUCAGAAAUAAGAUACUCUCAGUAAUACUCCCAGUAUGACAAUAUUUACUAUACUGUUUUAAUAUUAGGUAUAAAGACUGUGGGGGUUGUUACUUUAUCUAUCCUGUCAGUUUGUUCAAUUCAGUAGCUCUGUGAUCGUCGUUCUUACCUUGUCUGUGUGUAUUGCCUUGUGCUGUGAUUGGUAGGUGGUUCGAUGGACCCUCAGCACCUGUUCCAUCUGGCUGCGUCUAACAUCAUCUGCUCCCUGAUUUUCGGAGAGAGGUUUGAAUACGACGACCCGGUCAUCCUCACCCUCAUCCAGAGGUUAGGGGAGUUGACCAAGGAAGCUCUCGGACUUUGGGCCAUGGUACAGUCUAAGCCCUGUGCCACUCCAUGCUUACUAAAAAAGGGUUCCAAAAGGGUUCUUUGGCUGUCCCCAGGUAGAACCCUUUUGGGUUCUAGGUAGAACCCUCUGGGGAAAGGGUUCUACACUGAACCCAAAAGUGUUCUUCAAAAGUGUUCUUCAAAGUGUUCUCCCAUGGGGACAGCCAAAGAAUCCUUUUAGGUACCAGAUGGAACCUUUUUUUAUAAGAGUGUACAUGAUCCUCACUGACCUCUCUGUGCUAGACAUGACACACUGAUCCACAUUCCCCUCUGUUUUACAUCCAUUUCCUCCAAUCUAUCUUUUGUAGCUCUAUGAAAUCAUACCGGUCUUGAGGCCCCUCCCUUUGCCCUUCAGGAACGUUUUCCACAAAUUUAAUCAAAUGAAAGAACAUAUCAAGAAGGUUGUGACCAAGCACAAAAGUUCAAGGGUCGCAGGAGAGCCCAGAGACCUCCUUGACUGCUACCUGGACCAGAUUGACAAGGUAGGAGAAGGUCAUGAGCCUAUCUCCUGUUUCUGUAGCAUUAAGCAGCUUGAUGUACAAGUACACCCCUGGAUAGGACACUAGUCUGUUGCAGGGCUUUACCCUGAAUCCAUCUGCCAAUCAGAGAGGCAUCGGAUCCCAUUUUUAGAGUCUUUGGUAUGACUUCCGUAAACAGGGCAAAUAUUUUCAUUGGGCUGGUGGAAGAGGAGGAAGUACUUUACAGGAUGGCGCAGGGUGGAAUGCAGAAUUUAAUUCAGAGGCCUUUGGUGUGUGUGUGUGUGUGUCUGCGUGCAUGUGUGUGUGUGUGUUUGCGUCAAUGUGUGUGUGUGUGUGUGUGUCUGCGUGCAUGUGUCUGUUUCAGACAGCUGAUGGAGACUCCACAUUUAAUGACACUCAGAUGGUGUCUCUACUACUUGAUCUGUUCCUUGCUGGGACAGACACGACUUCCAACACCCUCCGCUCUGCCAUGCUACACCUGAUGACCAACCAACAUGUACAGGGUGAGGAAAUAUACACACACUGGCAUACAUUUAAUUCAAUUUGAUGGCGCUUGUAGACAAUGUGUCCGCAUUCACGGUAAACACUGCAUAUGUCGGCUCAAUAGGACAUUUGCUUUGAAUAUCAAACGAUCUACAAACCUUUAUUGGAUUGAAUCCCAGCCAAAGAGUGUAUGUUUGUCCCAGAUCACUGUCACCGAGAGAUCACCGAUGUUCUUGAGGGACGUGCAGACGCUUCGUUUGAGGACAGACAUGCCAUGCCGUAUGUUCAAGCCACGAUCCACGAGGCACAGCGCAUGAGUGACACCAUUCCUCUUAGCGUGUUCCAUACUACCUGCAGCGACACGCAACUACAUAGCUACCAGCUUCCCCAGGUGAGCAUUACCAUGACGACUGAUAUGCUGCCUGUUGGUGACCUUUGAACUAUAAAGAUCUCCUGGGCUAGAGUGGUCAUUAUGGGUGCUGUCUCAGUCUUUAGUGUACCUCUCCACCUCUCCUUCUCACCCUUAAUCCCUCUCUCCCUCGUCUGUUCCAGGGCACGAUGGUGAUUCCUAACCUGUCUUCGGUGCUGCAUGAAGAGGGCCAGUGGAAAUUCCCUCACGAGUUCAACCCUGAGAACUUCCUCAACGAGGUCGGAGAGUUUGUGAAACCAGAAGCCUUUCUGCCAUUCUCAGCAGGUGCCUUUUUGCAAAAGCAUCAAUAUCUGAGGCUUAUCAAUGAUACUAUGUUGUACAGCGACAGGAGAAUAUGUUGACAUAAAAUACCUGGCUGCAUGCACAUGAAGGUAUGAGUGAAAUGUUGUUCUCAUUGAUAACCGUGUGUGUGUUCCCCAGGACCUCGUGUGUGUCUGGGGGAGGGGUUAGCGCGAAUGGAGCUCUUCCUGGUUCUAGUGACAUUGCUUCGGCGUUUCCGAUUCGUCUGGCCUGAGGAUGGAGGUGUCCCAGAUUUCAGCCUCAUCUUUGGUGGGACACAGUCUCAAAAGCCCUACCGCCUGGGAGUGCGCCUGAGGAGCAGUGAGAGAGGGUGAACUACCUACAGUCUCCACGAGAGCACUAGUUCUGUCAGACAGCUAGAGAUCUUAUUCUGUAAUAAUUCACCUUCAUCUCAGUAAGUCAUCAGAUGACAAGUAGUUUUUCAACAAUGUGUAACCCACCAUUAAUUGCCUUAUAAUCUGUGUCAGCUUCUGUAAGGAUCAGAUAUUGGAAUGCUCAUUCACAAACUAGAUCAUUCAGUAUGCUUGCAUGUAUUUUGUAAUACAUGUUACUGACAACUAAUUGUAUUUUCUUUUCAAGUGUUUGUAAGUAAAAUAACAAUUACUAAAAACGUGAUUUUGAUUCAAAAUGUGG